AUGCUAUCGCCGACUUCUCGUUGUGCCUGUAUAGGCAAGGAGUUGUAUGGAGCAACCUCGACGCUCCCACGGGACUUCUACCAGGCUUGCCGCAACCACUUCGGCAUCACACUCCACCAUGAGACCUUCAUUGGUGUGCGUUCCUCGCAGGUGCGGGGAUUGUUCCUGUCCAACAACAGCAAGCCUGUGUUGGCGAAUCAACCCAUCGCCACCAUCCCGCUCAUGAGCUUGUACACGACGGAAAACAUCAAUACUAAACCUGACACACUUCGUCAUGUGACACUGACUGACGUUCGCAAUGCGGUGCGUGACGAGGAGUUUAAGGUGAUGGCGCCGCAGUUUUACCUCGGGCUGCAGUUUAGCGCCAUUAUCUCCAGUCUUCCUGAUAUUACGCAUGCGCAGAGCGCGGAGGACGUGGAGCGCAUUACGCAAAUUCUGCAAGGUGGUGCUAUGCCUUGGGCGCGAAUGAUUGACGAUGAGGACUUUAACGAACAAUUUAUUUUUGGUAUGUAUGGCAUGGCGCUCGACACAUGGCAGCGACAGAGCUAUGAGGAAAUGACAAAGAUGCUCCAUCGCAACAUCACUGCAAUUCAUGAAAGGUUCCAACCCCCGUUCACAGUGGACACAUAUAGGCGUAUUGCACGUUUGGUGCUGGCACGGGCGGAGCAUAUGCCGCCGUUAGACUAUUAUGACGGCGCUGCGGUUUGGCGUCGCGUUCGCCGCUCCGUGCGCCGGUGGAUGAAGGUGCCGGAUCCGGCGGUGGUUUGUCUGGUGCCGCUGCUGGAUCUUGUUAACCACUCGAACCGGCCCAACUGCGGUAUCCGAGUCGGCCCGAGCCGUGUCACAGCCGGGAAGGGUGCCAUCACAAUUUAUUCCCUCACCCGCAUCGAACCCGGGCAGGAGAUCUGUCGGCAUUACAACUUUGCCAUCAACCGCCCCAACGCACUGUUUCGAUACGGGUUUCUGCCUUUCGACCUUAUCUCGAUCGUGGAGCAUGACGCAAUUGACGAGUACCUCGUAAAGAAUCAGCACAUGCUGCGCGAAGAAUCUGAGGAGAUAAAUCUAAAGCGGGAAAGGGAGAGGAAAGAAAUACAGCGGCUUGAGAAGAUUUAUCGACAAGCGCGAGCUGGACGGGGGCAUGAGAACUUACCGGGGGACUAG